UGGGAAUCGACAGUACCCAUCUCGAUAAGACUAACUAUCCGGCAUGCUCCGCUGCAAGCGUUUUCCGGAUAGGUAUUCUGGAGUGAAAGGGUUAACUCACCAGUUUGUUAGAUUCUCGAGAAUUUACUCAACAUUCUAUCUGGUUCUAAUUUGCCUACUCGCACGCUACAACGUGUCUUUUCAGAGGUUAGAAUAUAUCAUAAAUGCUGAGGGUUCAUAUGGCGAGUCGUUAUUUCAAAGCACCAUUGGUCGUUCUCCUUGGAAGGUUUCCAAUGAGUGGCUGAUCGUGUAUCAGAUGGAAGCAGUUCCAAAAUUUUAAGAUGAACGAGUAAUAGCCACCAUACCAUGGCAGGCUCGUGAAACGGAAGUCCACUCACUCACUACAGUUAUCCAAAACCAGUCAUAAGUCCCAACAGUGAACCCAUCUCCCAUCAGCACAACCCCCUCUGGCCAUCCAUGUACAGCCAUGGCCAGCAAAAGGAAGUCCACAAUCCCUUGCAUGAUCCCAUCCAAAAGCAAACACAGAGAGGAGAUUAUACUGGGCUGCCUGCCGGAGCUCCUACCCACAAUUCCCGAAGACAGCAUUCUCAGCAUCUCUGGAGAGGAGGAGGAAAUACAUGCCCCUCCCAGAAAGCAGGGCAAUGUCACCUGGAAGAACCCUGCCACCACAGAAGCAGCAUACAGCUGCCCACCCUGUGGAUUUGAGACCAGAGACCUGACGCCGUUCCUCGACCAUCUGGACAGCCACCACAUGGACUUCCGGGCACAGCCAAGCUUCCACUGCCAGAAUUGUGGGGUCUCAGCAUCAUGCUUCGAGGCCCUAAUCUUACAUAAUGCAAAGACACACCCUGGAACUGGUUUAGCCGGGAGCUCCUUGAGCACCUCCCUCCGAGUCUCAAAGAAAGGUGGGUUAACUGUUGUAGAACAGAACUUGCUUCUGGGGGCAAAAGAAAACCCUGGUGACUGUGGGAUUUCCAUCACCACCAAGACAUCUUCCAUGAAGAUGACCAAGACAAUGGAGGAGCACAUGAAGAUUAAGGUUUCCCACUCUGGGGAGGUGUACAGGGUUAACCCAAACAGUGACCAAGUUGUGGAGAUCAGAGACCCCACUGUGUUGGCACAUAUACAGACCACAGCACUUAAUGGAUCCCUUGGGAGGCCCCCUAUCUCAUCUGCCAUGCAAAUUGUCAGUGGAGCAGGUGCACUUCCUAGUCUGAAAUUGCAGAACAGAGGUCCCAUACGACCAUCAUUUACCACUCCAGUCAAUCCUCCAAAUUCGUCUCUCCCACUCAACGCCUUUCCUCCCUCUGAUCCAAACAACAACCUCCCCAAGGUAAUGAUUCCUCUAAGCAGUAUCCCUGCCUAUGAUGCUGCCAUGGACUGCAGCAGCUUCCUGAAGACAUCCUUCAGCAAGUUUCCCUACCCUACCAAAGCUGAGCUCUGUUACCUGACCGUGGUGUCUGAUUUCCCUGAGGAACAAAUCAAGCUGUGGUUCACUGCUCAGCGUCUAAAGCAAGGUAUUAGCUGGUCCCCAGAGGAGAUUGAAGACACCCGGAGAAGGAUGUUUAACACAGUUUUCCAGGCAACAUCUGAAGGUUCACAGAAACAGCAGCCCCACUACAGCAUCCCCCAACACAGAACGGCCACCCAGUCAGCCGCUGUGGGGCCAAACUGCCGUGCCCCCCUGGCACCACAAGGUGUCAUUGGAAGGUGGAAGCCAGGGGUCAUAGUCACUCAGUCCAAUGUGAUCCCACGGCCUCCAGCAAAGCCCCAGUCAGUGGUCAGAACAACAGCACAUCUACAGCCCAGAGCUGCCACCAGUGCAAUACUUGAAGCUGUGAGCAGCAAUUUUUCAAGUAGCGGCCGGAGCAGCAGCAUCAUCAGCAGCAACAUCAGUCACGCAUCUGCUCACCGACAGGCUGGAUAUUCAAACACCAAGCUGCCUGAGAGUGAGGCUGGAGUUAGCAGCUUAAGCAAAGACAAUAUUAGCAGCUUAGCUGUUGUUUGUAGUGUCAAUGAUUAUCACAAACCAACAAUCAGUAACAGCUCAAGUCUAAGCAUCACUUCCAGCAAUGGCAGUACCAGUGCCUUGAACAGCAUUUAUAGCAACUUUGUCAGCAACACCUUUUGUAUCCAAAACACUAGCCCCACCAGCAAAGCUACAAGCUGCAACCCUAACGCUAAUGGAGGCAUCGGUAGCCAAAGCAAGAGCCCCGGCCACACCAACGAAAACAGCAAUGCCAGCAUAUCUAACAGUGAUAGCAACACUAGCACCAGCCCAUUGAGAACUAGCAAUACUGAAGAUAGUGAUAUCUCAAACCACACCAGCAAGUUCAGCUCUGAGAACACAAACACUUCCCCCCUCACCAGCAAUGAAAGUGGAAUGGUAGAGACACCACCAGUUCUGUUGCACUUCCCCACCCAACCUUGUAGCUCCCUUGACUCCUCUCUUGGUAAAGCUAAGAAGUCCCAGGAACAGCUGGAAGCACUGAAAAAGAGCUAUGCCAACUGCCAGUUCCCGGACCAGAACGAGGUGGAAAAACUCAUGGCUGCCACUGGGCUAACAAUGAGAGAGGUUCGCAAGUGGUUCAGUGACAGGCGUUACCAUGACCGCAACAUGAAAGGAUCACACUCUUCUCUGGAGAUGCCUUUUGAUGAUGUUCCACUGCCAAGUUCUGCCAUUCUCCCACUGGACCUUGCAGAUAACCCAGUGUUGAGAAACGGCCCAAACAGCCAGCCCACCUUGAGCCCCUCUCCUCCUACACUGCUGAAGCAACAAGAUCCUGUAUCAGCUACUCCACAUAAAGUGCCCCGACUACCUUCCCCAGAUUUCACUGCUGUUAGCUACAAAGAGCGUGACCCACUGCAGCUGAUUGCCUUAGAGGAGAGUUUCUGUCAGGAUCCUCAGCCAAAUGAGGCUGAAGUGGACAGACUUCGAGCAGAGACCAAGAUGACCCGUCGAGAGAUCCACAGCUGGUUCUCUGAGAGGCGAAAGAGGGAGGCUUGUCAGAGACAAGAUGAGAAGAACAAGAAAGACGAGGGUGACAGGGCUCUCCACUCUCCACCCACUUUAACCAAGGAGGAUGGUCAGUUCAAAUCACAGGUCACAAGCCAGAGACUAUCAAUGAAGGAACUGUACACAAUGGAUGAGGAACAAUCAGAGUGCAAAAGUGGAAGCCCUGAGCCAAAAGUCAACCCCAUCAAGAUUAACCUAAAGAUGCUCAAGGUAGCCGAUCCAGAGGCCAAACAUGGGCUGACGGUCAUGUCACCCGAGCAGGAAUCGGACAUUUCGAAAAUGAUGUCAUCACCAUCCUCCUCCCUUCUUUCUGACAGGAUAACCCCUGAUCAAAUGCACCUUCUUCGAAGGACCUUUGCCAGCACCCCAUGGCCAAACAACCAGCAGUUGGAUGAGCUGGUCAUGGUCACAGGACUCCAUAAGUCAGAGGUAGUGCGCUGGUUCAGUGACAGUCGUCGAAUCCACAAGAAUGGACAACUACCAUGGCUUGACACUUACCAGAGCACAGUGGCGGAGGCUAGAGUGUGGUUCACAGAGGAGGAGAGAAACAACAUGAAAGGUCACACAGGGACUCCUAGGGAUGACCAGACCAGUUUCAUGGUGCAGGAUCUGUCCAGGAGUUUGGCCGGAUGCGAUAGUCUCGAACGGGAGCAAGCUUGUGUGCUGGAGGGCCCACAGAGGUACUUGUCCUCCCUACUGAAGUCUGGAGAUCCAGAAGGCCUAGAUGGGAGGGAUGAGGCUUAUGACGUGACAAGAGUGGCCACACCAAUGCAGGAUACAUGGGCGAUCAAGGGGGAAGAGCACCAGCAGCCUAUCGACAGUCAGAGUUUUAGGGAGCACCAGGCCCAAGACAAACAGUCUAGGGACAGUCUGAGGAGGGAACUGCUGAAGGUGUGAUGACUGCAGGCAGCGGAAGCUGAACAGGAGCCUGGGG